UUCUCCACCCGCGGGUCUCCGCCCAGCCUUGCCUAGGGGUUAAGUCCCAGCGGAGUGCCGGAAAAACCACAUUUCCCAGAGUGCACCGCGAGACGGAGUCCUCCAACCAGAGCUCUCCAGACGGCGCCAUUUCUGUGGAGGGAGUGGUGGUGCGGCCUGUGAACAUGGCGCUGUUCCCGGCCUUUGCGGACAUAAGUGAGGCCUCCGGUGGUGGGACAUCCAGGAAAGAAUUAGACUGGCUGAGCAACCCAAGCUUUUGUGUUGGAAACCUAACGUCUCUGAGCCAACAAACUGAAGAGGUCACAGCCCUUGCUUCUGAAGGGUCACCACUGACAAGGAGUCCUCUGAAGUCAGAGCUCUCAGAUGGGAGUGACCCUAGCAAGACACUCACACAGAUAAGCCGGAAAAAGAAGAAAGAGAAAAAGAAAAAAAGAAAACAUCAGCACCGCAAGAAAGCUAAGAGGAGACAUGAGCAAUCGAGCAGCGGUGGGUCUGAGUCGGACACAGAUUCUGGGAAGCACAGGUCUUCCAGGAGCCUCAAGGACAGUCAGAAGGAAUCUGAGAAACCCAGUCAAGGAAGUAAUGCUGUUGCUGCUGCUGCUGCUGCUGCUGGACACCACUCCAUUUGGCUGGAAGACAUUCAGACUCUGACAGAAGUCUUCAGGACAGAUAAGAAACCAGAUCCUGCCAACUGGGAGUAUAAAUCUCUCUACCGAGGGGAUAUAGCAAGGUACAAGAGGAAAGGAGACUCCUGCCUGGGCAUUAAUCCUAAGAAACAGUGCAUAUCUUGGGAAGGGGCUUCUGCAGCUAAGAAGCAUUCACAUAAGCCCCUGGAACGCUAUUUUACCAAGAAGAGUGUGGGAUUAAUGCGCACUGAGGGGAUUGCUGUGUGUAGUAACACUGAGUCCCCUUCCUCUGAGCCAGUCACAUUUAUCCCCGUGAAGGACUCCGCUGAUGUGGCUACCCCUGUUGCAACAUGGCUGAAUCCUCUGGGGAUUUAUGAUCAGUCCACUACACAGUGGUUACAAGGACAGGGUCCACCAGAGCAAGAAUCAAAGCAGCCAGCCUCACAGCAGGACAGGGAGAGUGCUAUUCUCAAGGCCAAAGUGGAGGAGUUUAACAGGAAGGUGCGGGAGAAUCCUCGGGAUACUCAGCUGUGGAUGGCUUUUGUAGCUUUCCAGGACGAGGUCAUGAGGGGCCCUGGCCUGUAUGCCCUUGAGGAAGGAGAGCAGGAGAAGCACCGGAAGUCCCUGAAGCUCCUCCUGGAGAAGAAGCUGGCCGUGCUGGAGCGGGCCAUUGAGAGCAACCCGAGCAGCGUGGACCUGAAGCUUGCCAAGCUGCAGCUGUGCGCGGAGUUCUGGGAGCCCAGUGCGCUGGCCAAGGAGUGGCAGAAGCUCCUCUUUCUGCACCCCAACAACACGGGCCUGUGGCAGCGCUACCUCUCCUUUUGCCAGAGUCAGUUUGGCACCUUUUCUGUGUCCAAACUCCACAGUCUGUACGGCAAGUGCUUGAGUACCUUGUCUGCUGUUAAGGACGGUAGCAUCUUAUCCCACCCUGUGCUGCCAGGCACGGAGGAGGCCAUGUUUGCCCUCUUCCUUCAGCAGUGCCACUUUCUACGGCAGGCCGGCCACGCAGAGAAGGUCAUCUCUUUGUUCCAGGCCAUGGUUGACUUCACCUUCUUCAAGCCUGACAGUGUGAAAGAGCUGCCCACCAAAGUACAGGUGGAGUUCUUUGAACCCUUCUGGGACAGUGGAGAGCCCCGUGUUGGGGAGAAGGGAGCCCGAGGCUGGCGGGCAUGGAUGCAUCAGCAGGAGCGUGGCGGCUGGGUGCUUGUCAACCCAG